UUCAAUAUUGUCAUAAAACAAUGAUCAUCAAUGAUCAUGAAUAAAUAUCAAAAUCUCAAGUAAAGUUUUUAAAUCCUCAAUCCAAUACAAUGUCUCCAAAGCGAGAGAAAAAUGCGUAGAUUCGUUAAUUUGAAUUGCCUAAUAGAGUCCAAUGACGCACCAAUUUUCCCUAUUGAUGCAAUACAAAACCUAAGGCAAGCAGUUCUGGCACCAAUAAAAUACAAACCGAAUAUUGAACAAACGCUACAAAGAGCGAAUUUCAAAUUUCACAGAACUUGUAGCUAUUCCAGUUUAAUCAGGGAAUGUAACGUAACCGAAGGUCAAACAUUGCUAAUAUUUUGGGGAAGCAGGAGUUCCGAUAGCAGAGUCACCAUAAGCAUGUCUGCAUCCAGCUGUUCAUCAGUGCAUAUUCCUCCAAGCGCACACAAUCAUGGCACCCAGCGCGACAAAGACCUGCGGACCACGGCGCAGCAGACUGACAUUAGCUGCAGAUACUCGCCAGGUGUUUCCUCCCCAGUGUUAGCGAAUCUGUCGGACAUCCAAGACUCGCAAGUGCUGCGCGAGCGCAUCGCCGACUCGCUGACGUUCUCGUCGCCCGCGUCGUCCAUCCUGCAGCCCACGGCGCGGUCCAUGUCCAUACUCGGCUCGGUCUGCGCGCUGUUGCUGAAGAAACAGGGCUCAGACGCUAAAGAGGUAUCGAGCGUGACCGCCAGCAUCCGUUCCGACAACAUCUGCCGCAUCUGUUUCGGCGGCAGCUCAGCGGAGCGGCUGGUGCGGCCGUGCUCGUGCCGCGGCACCAUCGCCGCCGUGCACCGCUCCUGCCUCGAGCGGUGGCUGCUGCAAGCCGCCACGUCACACUGCGAGCUGUGCAGGCAUCAUUAUGUCGUGACUAGGAGUCAUAAAUGGUCGUGGGCGCGGUCGGUAGUGGAGUGGGCGCGUUCCGGUCGUGGUCGUGCACUAGCAGCAGACGCAUGGCGCGGCGCAGCUCUGGGAGCAGCAUCGGUGCUGGGCACAGCACGCGCACUGCAUGCGUGUGACGCGGCGCUGCAGGUGGGCGCGAGACGCGGUGGCGGUGCCGCACUAGCUGCGAAUUUGUUCUCGUCGCUGCUUAUAGGGGUUAUAGGUGCACUCAACGGCCUGCUAACCACGUGGAUGCUGCUCAAGAUCCAGGAGCACCAGAUGUCGUGGCGCACGUGGCGCGACAGCACGCUCCACGUGCACGUGUCACUCGCCGAGCCCACGCCCACGCCCACUCCCAGCGCGAGCUCGCUGGCCACGGUCGUGGGCGCGACGGACGUGACCACGGAGCGCGCGACCAACGUGGCUGACCCGUUCAUGGUCGCGCUGCCGUUUGGGUUCGCGGACCCUUGAUUGUUCAGCUUUUAUGCAGUUAUUUUAUAUGCACAUAUUUUUUAUAGACUUUUUUAUAUUUCUACAAACGAACUUGGACUUUAUUGAGUAUUUUCUUACACUUAGAUAUUCUUUCAGUGCCUUAUUUGGAAUUAUAAAUUAAUUUAACUUUCAAAUACGAUAAAAGUGGGGUAGUUUCCAAAAGGUUCAUUAAAAUAUUUAUCCUAGUAACAAUGACUAGAUCCCCAAGAACUUUUAAUUGUAUUUUAUUAUUUAUAAUUCAGUCUGAAAAUAAGUUCUAAAAGUAUAAGUGCAGACAAUAUGUCACAGGCGUUCAUAAUUUUCAUAAUAUCAACGUGUACAUGUAUUUUUCUGCUAACAACUGUAUUGAUCAGGAGACAAUGUUAAAUAAAACGCAUAAAAUAAAU